UUAACUAACAUGGCGGCCGUUGUCUUCGGCAGGGUCUACUGCGGCUGCUCAGAAAGCCAAGGUUGGGCGAUCGGGUCUACAGCCCUCCCUCUGCCGCGGAGCUGCCGAGUGAAACCCGGGCUGUGUCGCUAGGGGUGAAAGGGGUAUAGGGUAAAGCCACGCAAGACGAGGAUCCAGAGCCUUGGUGCUGUGUGCCUACCCCUCAUCUCCGGGCACCAAGGCUGCUCGAGCCCAGGGUGUUUUUUUUCUGUGUUCUCGCCACCUCCCAGUCCCUGGCCCAACAUGAUACUGACCAAAGCCCAGUACGACGAGAUAGCACAGUGCCUAGUGUCUGUGCCACCUACCAGGCAAAGUCUGAGGAAGCUGAAGCAGAGGUUCCCCAGAAUAUGCUCUCAUGUUCACAGAAGAAGAAGCUACGGAAUGGGACCUAUAAAUCCAAUUCCUGCAUGUGUCAAAACAGUAAUUCAAUCGCAGGCCACUCUGCUGAGCAUCUUCUCCCAGGAGUACCAGAAACACAUUAAAAGAACACAUGCCAAACAUCAUACUUCGGAAGCAAUUGAAAGUUACUACCAGAGGUACCUGAACAGAGUCGGGAAAAAUGGCGCUGCCCCAGUGCUCCUGGAGCUGGCCAAUGAGGUGGACUAUGCACCCUCAUUAAUGGCUCGGAUUGUACUGGAGAGGUUUCUACAAGAGCAUGAGGAAACUCCACCAGCGACCUGGCUGGCCUUUGGCAAUGAAAUGCAGUGCACAUGGCUCCGCAGUCAAAUCAUCAAAUUUCCCUCCUCCAAGUCUGUUAUAAAUAGUAUGCUACGGGACCCUUCUCAGAUUCCAGAUGGAGUUCUAGCAAAUCAGGUCUAUCAGUGCAUUGUGAACGACUGCUGUUAUGGACCACUGGUGGACUGCAUCAAACAUGCUAUUGGUCAUGAGCAUGAAGUCCUGCUGAGAGACUUGCUUCUAGAGAAAAACCUGUCCUUCCUAGAUGAAGAUCAGCUCCGUGCAAAGGGUUAUGACAAAACACCAGACUUUAUUUUACAAGUACCAGUUGCUGUAGAAGGGCACAUAAUUCACUGGAUCGAAAGCAAAGCCUCAUUUGGUGAUGAAUGUAGCCACCAUGCCUACCUGCAUGACCAGUUCUGGAGCUACUGGAAUAGAUUUGGGCCAGGCUUAGUCAUCUACUGGUAUGGAUUUAUCCAGGAGCUGGACUGUAACCGGGAGCGGGGCAUCCUGCUCAAAGCCUGUUUCCCCACGGACAUUGUAACCUUGUGCCAUAGCACAGCUUGACCCUGAUGAUCCUGGAAGAAAAGCUGGGAGGAAAAGGUGAAUGCGGAAGCAAUUUUACUUUCCUGCAGUGUAAACUCCUGGCAACAUCUGCCCUGAACUUCAGCUGAACCCUUCCUGCCCAUGGUCACACCACUGCCUCUUUAGACAAACAUAUCAAGAGUUUCUGUUUUCCUUCAUCCCUUGCCGAUGUGAACAGCCAAGAACUACAGACACAGCCCACUUAUUAUCAGCAUUUCUGUCUCUGUCAAACAGUUAGUUUAUAGAUAGUCAUAAUCUUCCUUCCUUCCGGAUGGCUUCUCCUUGUAUACUGAACAAAAGAAGAAAUGUGGAGACUGAAAGGUGUGGUUUUUCAGUUCUCCUCCCAGUUACCGACUCACCCUGGUAUCUGUUUCUAAGCCUCCAUUCAUUCUGUCCCCCCAGCCCUCUCUUCAUGCGCUCACAGCUACUGUGCUUUGCAUCACCGCCGUGGCCUCCUCUACCACAGGCCUAGCAGAACUGAAGCCAUGAAGCUGCAGCCGGGCCCUCACUGUCCCCUGCAGGGCCCCAGGAGCCCUCUAGGGCAGCCUGUGCUUCUUUUGUCCAGUCUUUACGGUUUCCUGCCUUCUGUGGCUUCAGUCCAAGCUGAAAAAAUACACUUGAUGAGAAUUUCCUCUUUUUAUAAUACUUAUUUGAACACCCAACAUUUUCCAUUUAUCUCAUUUAAAAGUAUUAGUUACAUUUUGUCUGGAAACUACACCCCUUCUUUGUAUUGGGGGCUGGGGGGAGAGAGCUGAAGCUCAGUGCCAGCACUGACAGUUUUAUUUUUAAACACAGCCAGUUGUCAGUAUGUUUGGUGAUCAAUAUUUUUAUGAGUAAAAUGUUUUUAAAAGCA